AUGUUGCCCAGCGUACCACAUUUAUUCAUCACAGCUGUGGUAGCUCUACCGGUGCUUUGUCGCGGAGAUUCUGUCACUCAGGCGCCAGCUUCAAUCCUAGUGAAUGAGAAAGAUAAUGCCCAGCUGUUUUGUAAUUACGCUACAACAAGCAACACGCCUUACCUUUUCUGGUACUAUCAACGUUUAAGCGGCUCCAUGGAGUUUCUCUUAUACAGAAGCCAAUAUAGUGGGAACACGGAGAGAUUUCCAGGCGACAGGUUUUCCACAGAAUUAGAUCACAUUAACCGAACGAUCAAGCUGAAUAUAUUGAAGACAGAACUAACAGACUCCGUAGUGUAUUACUGCGCUUUGGUGGCUUCUGGGGGUUACAGCAAAACAGUAUUUGGAGCCGGGACCAGACUCAUCGUCAAACCCCAAAGGACCCCAUCUGAUCCAUCCGUCUACAUUCUCCCUCCACACAAUAGCAACAUCAACAACAUCGCAUGCCUGGCAACUGACUAUUUCCCCCAAAAUGUCAGCAUGACCAUAAUAGCUGGGAAUAACAGACGGGAGCAGGACAAAUCAAAGGGCUUGCUAUCAACCAGUGAUCUCAGUUACAGCCUGCUAGGAUUCCUGGAUGAAUCGAAGGACCCCCAUAACGUUAAUUGCAGUGCUGGGAAUACUCACAAAAGCUUCCCAACAACCGAUCAACUGAAGUACAGCUGCAUUGAAGUGCAGGACAAGCUAGGAGAUCCACAGUACAACCUUCUGUCACUGACCAUCUUCGGACUGAGGAUCCUGUUUGUAAAGAGCAUCAUCUUCAAUGUGCUGAUGACUAUCCGCAUCUGGGUCUCGUGAGCUGGCUGGCCCUGCGACUGUGAGCAGUGGACAAAAAGGUGCGAUUGUGUUGUUGAAGAGUGUGAAAAUAAGAUUCUUCGCCUGAAGUCUCAGCGAACUUCGCUUGGAUUGUGACCUUUGAAGCUGCAAUAGCACAAAAGCAAUACUAGGCUUGUAAAAAAAAUAUAACCGAUAUAUGUGUCUGUGUGUGGUGCCUUUGCUCGUCCCUUCUGUGAAUGUAAAAUUGAGUAUUGUUCAUUAAAGCCUUGUUGAGUCAUCGGUCUCUUGCUUCCUCAAAAUUCUGGAGAAUUUUGGCACAUUAGCUCACCUCUCAGACACGCUGAGUGCAGGUGAACGGGGAAUUGGAGGGGAAUCGUGAAUCCCUACAGUGCAAAAGAUCAUCCCACCCUAUGCUGUACCACCGCCAUGCCCCCUCCCCUCCCAGCCCCUCUCCACCUAGCCAGUGAUUUCAGCUGACCCCAGCACCUCCCCUUUUGGACACCACCAUCCCAGGAGAGACCAGAGAGAAUACCCUGCAACCCCACAAAUCUCCCUGCCUUUGGCCCGUGGUCCUCUUGCACCUGAGCUGCUCAAUCUUACCGCCCUCUUCUUCCUGAACCUCAAAUCUGGGAGGGCACCCCCAAUUUCUGCCUCUGGAGAGAGAUUUACCAGCACCCCGCCAACCCGUUGCCAAUUCACCCCACACAAUAUCCAUCGCACCCCUCCCCGCCAAAGGAUUUAUCCCUCACCCUGAGAUUUGACACCACCGGUUAAAUUCUGAUAUAUCAGAGAUGGAUGUGCUCUCGCUCUUUGUUCCCUGAGACAAUGUGCCAGAACUUUUACCACGAGUGUGUUUGUUCGUUUGUGUAAAUACUUGAGCUGAUGUGUCAGAAAAGACCAUUGAGUUCCAAUUAAACUUAGCUCCCGUGGGGAAAUUCCUCACUAUUUUAUAUGUUACCGGCAUCAGUAUCAUCCUGUUUCGCAAAGAAUUUCCGUCAGCUUUACAACGUUUGCCAUAUCUUUCUCAUCGUGCUUGCCAAUAAAAUGUAU